GUUGCAUUGGCUGUGUGUCUAUUUGUGGUCAUUUGUUUUCUCUUGUGGUCACUUGUGUCUGUCCAGUUGUACAACGUGCUGCACUCUGGCUGAGGAUCACUCCAGGGUUUACAGUCACGCGGUUUUCCUAGUUUGGCCCUCACCGGCCGCCAUGCUGUUUCUAGUCAGGCGUGUCAGUGGACGCGGAGCAGUGUGUGUGUCCGGUGUGUACAGUGUGUGUGUGUGCAGUGUGUGUGUGCACAGUGUGUAACAUGAAGGACAGGUCCGACACCUCUGUUCUCUAUCAGAAAUGACCAAACUCACUCCGUCGCUAUUGGGCGGCAGCAGAUAAGGAACCACACGGUAUUCAAACAACACGCCUGUAGCUCCGUGUCGCUGUUAGCUGCCGUGUUGUUAUGUUGCGUGUCGCCUGUAGCUUCUGUGUGUGUCUGUGACUGUAACUACAGACCGUGUGUGUCCUCGUCAGUGAUGCGGUUUAACGAGAAGGAGCUGGUGUUUCUGAGCCGGCAGCCGUCAGAGAUGGCAGCUGAGCUGGGGAUGAGAGGACCCAAGAAAGGAGACGUUGUAAAGAGGAGGCUCGUGAAGCUCGUAGUUAACUUCCUCUUUUACUUCCGGACUGAUGAGGAGGAGCCGAUCGGAGCUCUGCUGCUGGAGCAGUGCAAGGUGGAGAGAGAGAACAGUCAGAGCUUCUCCAUAGCUUUCCUGGAUGAAGCAGAGAGGAAGUAUCUGUUCGAGUGUGACUCAGAGGAACAGUGUGGGGAGUGGAUCGACUGCAUCGUCAAAGCCAGUUACGAGUUCAUGAGGAAGAAUCUGAUAUUUUAUCGAACUGAAAUCCAUAGGCUCACUGGCAAGGACCCUCUGGAGCAGUAUGGUAUAUCAGAUGAGACACGCUUCCAGAUCAGCAACGGGCUGCAACUUACGCCUGGUGACACCUCCUCCCUUUAGACCAGCGUUCCGCCAUUCCAAAACUCAGUCCUCACUCGUGUUGAAGCCAUGACAUUACCACACACACUCAAGACUUUUAUAAUUUCACUGCUUUGAAUACAUUUAGUGUUGCUCGAUACUUGUAGCAGGGUGUCUGAUAAUCAACUACUUCUCUUCUGUUAUUGCUGGUCAUUACAGGUAACACAUGGCUUGGGUAAAAUCUACACUGUCUUAUUUUCAGUUUAAGGGAAUGUUAUUGCCAUCUCAUCUUCAGACCUCUGACUUGGUUAAUCAGUGGUCUGUAUAAAAUGUCUUUUUAUACUGUGUCUACUACUGGACAAGCUGAACAUUCAUGUUAUCUGAUCUAUUCUGAUCAUACUUGUCUUGUAGAGAUGGAGCUGUGACUUUCUUUCAGGACUAUUUGUGAUGUUAGCAUGACUGAGAAUCAGUUCAGGAUGUUAAUGCACACAGUUAAAGAAGUGCAUGGCCAAUUCAGAAAAAAAACCUGAGGCAGUCUUCACUGUCUUAAUUUGAACUGCAUGAGCCAGUAGAUCUGCUCAGUUGAGCCACACAUUUUACUCCAUUAUACUUGCGAGAAGGAAAAAUCCCAGUAUGUAUUUAUGAGCCAGCCCAUAUUGAAUAUUUAGUUUUAAAAACUAUAAUUUUGCACAUAUUACUUAACUUGGUUUUAAGGGUUUUUUAUGAUUAGAAUUGUAAUAAUGUACUUGAACCUACUGUACCUUUUCUGUGGCACUUUGAUUCCUUUAUGUAAGCUGUCGGACCAGGCUGGGAAACAAGGCUCGACAUGAUUUAAAAAAUAUAUUAUGUCUUUUUCAGUGUAAUCAUGAGCUCUAAAUUUGCUCUCAACCACAUUUCACUGCAGGCAAUUGCUAUAUCCUGCAAAUAGGUGAAAUAUUAAUUUCACCUGUCAAGAGUCUUAACCACAAACAGGAUAUGUCAUUGAAUGUGUCUCCAGUCAACUUUUUGCACAGGGAAUGUCUUCAUUCUGUUUUUACUUCAUGUCAGACUGUAUUUGUUUCUUCCUUUUUGGUUUUUUUUUAACAAUAAUAAAGCCAUUUGAAAGCUAC